AUGCAGGAGGUCGUCAAAUUGCAGGAGGAGAACCCGGACCAUAUCUUGCUGGUCCAAGUUGGCGGAUUCUAUGAGAUCUAUGAUCAGGGAAACUACCUGGACGAGAUGGCGUCGCUGCUGCACUUGAAGAUCAUGCGGCCCGGUGAGCAUAAUCGGGCCGUGGGAUUCCCGCUAGCCAAAAUCAAGGGUUACCUGGAGAGCCUGAUACGCCACGGGAAAACAGUAGCCGUAGCGGAGCAAACAGACAAAGACUACGUCAACAAGACCAAGCAUCAUGUUCGGACUGUUACCAGAAUCUUCACCCCUGGCACUGUCAUCGAGGACGAGUUCAUCGAGAGCAAGGACAACAACUUCUUGCUCUGCGUGUCUGCGCCUCCGCCAAGCCUCGCCGCGGACGACGGGAAGGGCCCACUCGGCCUGGCAUGGCUCGACGUCUCCACCGGCGAAUUCGUGGUAGGUUCAGCGACAGAAGAGUCCUUCGAAGAGCAUCUCGCGCGGAUCCAGCCAAAAGAAAUCCUCCUCGACAAGGCAAUGCAAACCACGCACGCCACUCUAGUCGCCUCACUCAAGAAACGUAGCACGGGGCUCCACCUCACCUUCCGGGACCCCGACCACCACGCCGAAAGCCGCUUCAACAGCCUGGUCUCCCAAACCGACGCGGCGUUCUUCCAAAAAACCCUGGCGCGGUAUGACGUGCUGCAGAAACAGGCAGCGGGCAACCUGCUCGCGUACGCGAACAACAGUAUCAGGUCCGGAACCUCGCUUUUUGCCAUCCCGGCAGCGUUUAGCCCGGAGAGCGUGAUGGGGAUUGAUGCGGUCACCCAAACGGCGUUGGAGAUUUCGCAAACAUUCCGGGACAGAGCGCGCAAGGGGACUCUGUUGAAUGAGGUGGAUGAGACCAAGACUGCGGCGGGGAGUCGCCUGUUGGCUAGCAGGCUCAAGGCACCGUCUACGUCGAUCACUGAGAUAAACCGUCGCCUUGAUCUCGUCAACAUUUUCUACGAGGAUACACACCUCCUCGCGGAUGUGCGAGCGACUCUCACGCGCGUCAAGGAUCUGGAGCGGGCUAUACAGAAGAUCCACAUUGGGAAGGGAACGCCGGGGGAUUAUAUGAGCAUCAUCGCAACGUUGCGCGCCGCGGUGGAGAUCGCGGCGAGGGUCGAGAGCAAAAUCGAGAUGAUGGAGAGGACGAAGUUGGGAAUAAGCGCGUUGAAGGAUCUGCAUCAUCGGCUGGAAGCGUCCGCUAGCCUCCUAGAGGCCUGCGAUGCGAUCUUCAACGAAGGCAUGCAGGAUUUGCAAGGGAUAUCGGAGGUGGAUGCCAUCCGGGAGGGCGUCUCGAACGAUAUUGAUUCGCAGCGAAAACGUUUCCGGCAGUUGAUGGAGCGGCAACGCGUGCUGGAAGCGGAGUGUACGAAGAAGUACUCGAUUCCGGAGAAACCGGUGGUGGGCGUGAUGGACCCGAAAGUAGGGCAUUACCUUGCCAUAUACGACGCAAAGAAGGACGUGCGGGACCCGAUGAAAGCCAAGAUUGGGAAAGAUGGUCAUUGUGAGCUGUUUGACCGGGCGUCUGUUACUACCACUGUGCAGUUUACGCAUCGGAAGUGGACAGCGUUGUCGGCUGAGAUUGCACAUGCGACUGAGGAGCUCGUGAAAGCGCAGACCCGCGUCUUCACCGAAGCCUGCCACAUUGUGAAGAAGCAUGCGUUGCAGAUCGUCCACACCGCCAAAGCCAUCGCGGAAACGGACGUCGCGGCCGGAUCCGCCACCUACGCCCUCCAACACGGCUGCGUCCGCCCCAUCGUGACCGAAUCACUCACCCACGACAUCAAGGGCGCGCGACACCCCGUCGUCGAGACAUCCCAAGCCAACCGGGACGCCCAAUACGUACAUAACGAUUAUACGAUCGGAGAAAACACCUCGCGCGUGUAUUUGGUCACCGGACCGAACAUGGGCGGCAAAUCCACCUUCCUCCGCAUGUCGGCCCUCAUGUCCGUCAUCGCCCAAACCGGGCUGUACGUCCCCGCGCAAUCAGCAACCAUCGGAAUCGUCGAUAAGCUUUUCGCGCGUGUCGGGGCCUCCGAUGACCUCGCGGCGCAUAAAUCAACCUUCAUGGUCGAGAUGCAGGAAACGGCCGCGAUCCUCAACAACGCGACGCGGCGAUCGUUCGUGAUCAUGGACGAGAUCGGCCGGGGCACCUCGUCCAACGACGGGCUUGCGAUCGCGUAUGCCACAUUGAAACAUAUCCACGACACGAUCGGAUGCCGCACGGUCUUUGCGACGCAUUACCAUGAGCUCGCGCACCGGAUCACGGCCGACGGCUCGCUCCCCGCCACCACCUGCGUGCAGACCGCGGUCAUCAAAACACCACCCGCGGAGGAACUCAUCUACACCUACCGCAUCGAACCGGGCAUCGUCGACUGCAGCCAUGGGAUCCCCUGUGCGGUGGGUGCGGGCAUGCCACCGGCGGUCAUUGAGGAUGCGAAGGGGUUCUAUAGACGGCUGGAAGUGGAGAAUGGGAUCAAGCAGAGGUUGUGGGAGACGUAUCUAGCGACGCUGGAGCCUGAGCUCCCCGGCAUGAGGGCGGCGGCGGCGAAGGGCGUGGAGAUUGAACUCCCUGGGAUGAGGGCGGCGGCGCGGGAGGUGAUUGUGGGCGGUAGCUUUGGGUAG